GUCGCCGCCAUUAAUGACAUCAUUGUGUUAUGUAUUUCCAUGUAUUGGAAGCGAUAGUAUAUAAUGUAAUUUACAAGUUAGAAAUGGUAACAAGCUUGUGACUGUUAACACGUUAGUUUCAGUUUUAUCAAACCAGAGGAGCUAAAAUGAGUGGUGGGCCCUUACGCAAGUUAAUGGAACGCUUAAAUAUAGAAGAGGGGCUUAACGAUGAUAGACCACAGCCAAGAAGACGAGAUAACAACCAUGCAAGAGAUGUUCGUCCACGAAAUCUCCAGAUGGGAAAUCCGACUAGAAGAAAUGUAAUGCUGUCGGAAGAGGCUGGAAUUCGGGAACCAAAUGUAAAUAGGCGUGGUUCAACGAAUGACAUUCGUUUUACUGGUCAAGAUUUAGAAUUGCCUGGAGUAAAUCUUGAUGAGAAUAGGGGACACCAAGGUGCUCGUGGUAGAGGUAGGGGUGGAGCUGGAGGUAGAGGAAGAGGAGGACGUGGUCGACACCAGCAGCAAAACCCAGUUGUUGGUAACGAGGUCAAUAACAGAGGCAGGGGGAACCAACGACAUAAUAAUCAUAAUACAGCACGUGGCGGAAGAAGAUAUCAAUCGGGCGAUCGGAAUAAAAGUAGAGAACGUGAACGAGAGAUAGAUGUUUUGAACUGGAGAAGAUUACAAGAAUACAAACGAAAAGACCCUUCGGAAAUUCUGGUAUCACUAGGGCAUGAUUACAGUGGAUUGCAAGAACUUUUGAAUUCAACGAGACAGGAUCCAAAUAUCGUCACGUUGCUGCUAUCCGUAAUAGCAAAAGCAUGCACAUGUGAAUCAAUGCCCCAAAACUUAAACAACAUCUUGGUCAAACUACCACGCUCCGUAUUUUUGUCUGUAGGAUUACCCUGCAUAAUAUUGAGACUACAAGAUCAAGAUGAGACCAGACAAAGAAAUAUUAUUAUAGACACGUUAGUUACUUUAAAAGAACUGUUAAUAAGAGUUCCCGGGUCAUAUGCAGAUCAAAGUGGUGUUCUAGCUACCCUUCGAAAAGAAGUGGACAGUCUCCGAGAAACAUCCGAUGUUAUUGAUAAUGACAUUAUGAUGUGCUUGGAUGAAGUCAGCGAUUUAGAAGCUAGCAAGCACAAGAAAAUGAGGGACGUUCUUUCACAUGGACGAACUCAUCGUGUAGACGAAGAAAGUCACCCCCCUGAUGAAUACCGUGAAAUGAGUCUUUUGCCAACACUAGAUGACUUGAACCCAAAUGUCCAACCUUUCUUGAGGAAAAACAAGAAAACAGGAAGGUAUGAUGAUGUGAAUCAUUACCUAGAUGUACAGUUUCGUUUACUUAGAGAAGAUUUUAUACAACCUCUUCGUAACGGUAUAGCUGAAUAUCAGAAAAUUAUCGAUGAACCUAAGAAAAGUCGAAAUAGAUUGCAAGAUAUUCGUGUGUACAAAGAUGUCAGUGUGAUAAGAAGCGUUUGUUCAAAAACAGAUUUACUGCAUCGUAUCCAGUUCGAUGUUUCUUCACUUCAACGGGUAAAAUGGGAAAUGUCCAAGCGGCUCAUCUACGGUUCAUUGAUUUGCCUGUCUUCGGACAAUUUUCAAACGUUUUACAUCGCCACAGUAUCAGAUAGAGACCCAAAGCUUUUAAAAGAUGGUUAUAUAGAUGUUAAAUUUGAGCAAAAUCUUGAAGAAAUAAAUGCUAUUGAUACAGAUCAAAGGUUUGUUAUGGUAGAGACUACGGCAUACUAUGAGGCGUACAAACAUGUGCUCAGAGGUCUUCAAAAUAUAACGAAAUUACCAUUUGAAAAAUAUAUAGUCCAAUGUCAAAACGUUGUCAAUGUACCAAAGUAUUUAACUAUUGGCAGGAAAUUUGACCUGCGACCCCUUAUCGAUGAUGACAUUCAGUUGAGAGAAGAUACAAACCUUCGCAUUCAGGGAAGAACAGACCGGUACAAUUUCAGUAGGAAAUCUAUGUGUGCUGAAAAAGUGAAUGUGGUAGAUCUACAAUCCUGGCCAUCACAUGAAAUGCUUAAUUUAGAUGAAUCCCAAUUCAGAGCCCUGCAAACAGCUUUAACAAAGGAAUUUUCUGUAAUUCAAGGUCCACCCGGUACUGGUAAAACUUAUGUUGGAUUAAAGAUUGUGAAAGCCUUGUUGCACAAUUCUAAACACUGGGAUGAAAUCGACUCCGCGAGAAGACCUAUGUUAAUUGUAUGCUACACAAAUCAUGCUUUGGAUCAGUUUUUGUCUGGGAUCGUUGAAUUUUACAAGGGCAGUGUAAUUCGCGUAGGGGGGCGGAUAUCAGAUAGUAACCUUGAAAAGUAUUCAUUGAGAUCAUGGAAAAAAAAGGCUCGCGAGGAAGGUCGCUACAAAAAUUUGGCUAGGUUAGGGUUUAUCCAUGGCGACAAAUUAAGAUCUCUUCAUCAAAGAAUAGAAAGUGUGUCACAAAGAAUUGAUGCAGCUGAAGGGGAUAUCUUGACUGAGGAUACACUGCAACAUGUUAUGUCACACAGGCAUAGCGACCAGUUUGAAAUCGUUAGAAACGAAAUAAUGGUCAAAAAUAUGGGUUACCAAGCUCCUCAGAUUUCAUCGCUAAUGGUUGAAUGGUUGGGUCUCGGCGCAUCAAGUCAAUUUGUGUUCGAUGUAAUAGAUGAAGCUAAAAAUGAAAACCCUGAAGAUCAAGUUGAAGAAGUAAUUGAAGUUCAAGGGGAUUAUGACGUUGCUAGAAAUAAUAGAAUACUAUUUGAAGAUGCAGACGAGGCACGUGAUAAUAGCUUUGAAAGGGUCAUUCAAGAUAGUCUCCAGUUGAAGAAAACAUGCAUAGCCCUCGAUAUAUCGAAUCUUGAUAAAGAUGAUUUCCAAUCGCAUGAUGGGUUUCAGAUUCCAAAGGUACAGCGAAAAAAGUUGAAGCGAAAAAUCCGCCAGAAGAUUAAAUCUAAGAGUAAGAUGACCGUAAAGGAAGCCGAAAAUGUCAACGAUAUUUGGAAUAUUGAUUUCGACAGUCGCUGGCGAUUAUAUCGAUACUGGGUGUCAAGGUUCCGGGAACAACUAAGGGCAGAUAUAAUUGAUAAAAGUCAAGCAUACAAAGUAGAAUGCACUGCUCAGAGAGAGGUAAUGUUAGAAAAGGAAAAGAGUAUAAUGUCUGAAGCCUCUGUCAUUGCCAUGACAACGACAGGAGCUGCAAGGUACCAGGCUAUCCUUCAAGAUAUAAAUCCACGAAUAAUUGUUGUCGAAGAAGCAGCAGAGGUUUUGGAAGGACAUGUAAUUACAACGCUUGCCAAAGAUUGUGAACAGCUUAUCCUUAUAGGUGAUCAUAAACAACUGAGACCAAACCCAAACGUUUACAAACUUGCUACACAAUAUAAUCUGCAGAUAUCUCUUUUUGAAAGAAUGCUUACUAACGGGGUUCACUGUGACUGUCUUCAACUUCAGCAUAGAAUGCGUCCCGAAAUAUCCAAACUGAUGAAGCCUAUUUAUCCUGAACUCAGAGAUCAUUCGUCGGUUCAUGGAUUAGAACACGUGAAAGGUGUGGAAAAGAAUAUUUUCUUUAUUAAUCACAAUCACAAAGAAGAACGUGAUGAAGAAAACAAAAGUCACUCAAAUAUUUAUGAAGCACAAUUUGUCGUAGCACUGGCUGAUUACUUAACAAAACAAGGCUACUCUCGACAGCAGAUAACGAUUCUUACAACUUACUCCGGUCAAAUGUUCCAGUUAAGAAAGCUUAUGCCUAAAACCCGAUUUGAAGGAAUCCGAGUGACACCUGUUGAUAAUUUUCAGGGAGAAGAAAAUGAUAUAAUUAUUCUCUCGUUAGUAAGAAGCAACGAUGAAAAUAAGAUUGGUUUUUUAAAAAUUGAAAAUCGUAUUUGUGUAGCUUUGUCCAGAGCGAAGAAAGGCCUGUAUGUAAUUGGUAAUUUCGACAUCCUACAAUCUGAAAGCUCUUUAUGGAAAGAAAUGACAAUUAUGUUGAAGAAAUCGGGUGAAAUAGGAGAAAGGCUGAUUUUGAAGUGUCAGAAUCACCCCGAAGAUCCUGGUAUCGAGAUAGGUAAACCGGGAGAUUUCCAGAAAGCCCCUGCUGGAGGGUGUCAGAAACUAUGUAAUGCCAGAUUAGAUUGUGGGCACUCCUGUGUAAUGUCGUGUCAUCCACUUGAUUUAGAACACGAGGAGUACCAAUGCCACAAACCCUGUCCAAAAACCUGUAGCAGUAACCACCCAUGUAAACGCAAAUGUUAUCAAGAUUGUGGUGAUUGUACGACCAGAGUUACAAAGCUAAUACCACGUUGUGGCCACUUCGAAAAGGUUUCUUGUCAUAUGAAACCCGAGGACCAUAAAUGUACACAGACAUGCAUGCAAGUCCUUCCUUGUGGUCAUCUAUGUGGGAACCAAUGUGGCUUUAGACACCAAUGUAAAAAAAUGAUUACAAAAACUUGGCCCUGUGGACAUAAGGGAGAGGUAAAAUGUGAAGAAAAGGAUUCUGCCAUCUGCAGAUUGAGAUGUGACAAGAUUCUGGCUUGUGGUCAUCAGUGCAGAGGUACAUGUUCUACUUGUUUGUCUGGCAGACUUCAUGAAUCAUGUAAAGAGCAUUGCACGAAAACCUUAGUGUGUGCUCAUAACUGUCAAUCAUAUUGUUCUGACUGCCCUCCAUGUGUAAUGAAAUGCAGAAACAAAUGUCCACACAGUAAGUGUACAAAAUCAUGCGGUGAAUUAUGCAAACCGUGUAAAGAGCCGUGUACAUGGGCUUGUGAACACCACCAAUGCACAAUGUUGUGCUCCGAGCCUUGUAAUCGUCCUCGAUGUGAUUCACCGUGUAAGAAGUUCUUAAAAUGUGGUCAUCCAUGCAUUGGAUUAUGUGGUGAACCUUGUCCUCGUUACUGUAGGAGAUGUAAUGCAGAUGUGGUCACUGACAUUUUCUUUGGUACUGAGGAUGAGCCAGAUGCAAGAUUUGUGGAGUUAAAAGACUGUAAGCAUAUCGUGGAAUAUAACAGCCUGGACGCAUGGAUAGACCAAGACACUUCCUCUGAUAAAGCUAGUUUUGUACAGCUAAAAUGCUGUCCAAGGUGCAAAACACCAAUACGAAGAAGCGUUCGAUAUGGCACCAUAAUAAAUCGACUUUUACAAAACAUCGACCAAGUCAAGGAGAAAUAUAUUGGAAACAGAGCAGAUAUUGAAUUACGUAGGAAUCAGAUAAAACGGGACUUGCGAAAAGCCACAUUGAAAUGUCAACCACCAAAAUUCCCUUUCAUGGUGUCCAAUGAAAAUAACAGACGCAAUCGUGUAAAGGCAAUUGAUGAAUUAGGUCGCCAUCUUGAUAUUUGUGUGUCAGAGAAAGAAUUGAUCACAUUACAAAACCAACUGAAUUUUUUAGUUAAAGCCGCGGACAGAUAUUCUAAGUUUAACGACUUUGUUAAAUCGGAAACACUUGGGAGAUUGAGGAACGAUGAGUUUAAAGAAAUCGAACUGGGCUUGCAGCCUUUCAUUGACUGGAUAACAGUUAAAAGGUCUUCACUGAGUGAACAAGAAAUUAAGGAUGUCCAAAAUGAACUCAUUCGACAUAAUCUGCUGUACAAACUCUUUAUUAACGAACUAACGAUAGAGAAAAGGGGUUUACAAAUCCCUUCCAAUACGAAAUCACAAUUAGAAAAGUGUAAACUUUUCAUUGAAACUGGGUUGACUUUCACGCAAAAAAAUAAAGAUGAUCUUGAAAACACUAUGAAAAUGCUGGAACAAAUUUCACCACCAUCUGGUUUGGGAAUUACAGAUGAUGAAAGGGUGAUGAUAGUUAGUGCCAUGCAGCUUAGCAAAGGCCAUUGGUAUAAAUGCAAAAAUGGACAUGUAUACGCUAUUGGUGAGUGCGGUGGUGCCACUGUAGAAGGGAAGUGUCCAGAAUGCCAGACCUCUAUUGGUGGAUCUGGAUACAGGCUUCGAGAUGACAAUGCUCUUGCAAGCGAAAUGGAUGGGGCAAGAUACUCAGAACAAGCCUUUUUAAGGAAUUACCAUUUAGAUUUCUAAAUAACCCUGAUGUCAUGUAUAAUCUAGAUUUAGUUUAAAAUAUUGGGUUGGUCGUUUUAUAUUAGUACCUUUAUUUUUUUAUUUGUUUUUUCUUUUUUAAUUAUCUUCGGAUAUUUAAGAGUGCAAUCCAACUUUUUCUCAUUAACCUACGUAUAUUCAUAGUAUGCAUAACUACAUAACGUAUCCGAGACAACAUGUCUGCUCCUUUAGGUGCAUAUAAGAUGACAGUGGGGUGUAAAGUUUUAUUUAAGAGCUAGAAAAAUGGGUAAAUUAUUUUGUAUGAUCAUCAAUAAUAGACUGGUCUCUAAUCGUAUUUUUAAGAAUUUAGAAAUAAGUUUAAGUUGAAGGUUUGUCCAUUUUACAAAUAUCUAAACAUAGCCGUACAGGUCGAUUUUCGGGGAGGGGGGGGGGAUUUUUGCCUGAAAAAUGAACCUACAUAACUUGAACUGAUAGACUGAUCAGCAAGUAGCGCCGAGCUGAGCAAAUUUUCAAGAACUGCAGUUUGGGUUUGAGAACUAGACACACUGAAUCAAAGUCAGAAUUGUGUGAUUUUCUGAAACUCCAGUGGGAAAUUGCAUCACCCCACCCUCUAGUCAGUAAAAUUUCCGGAUUUCGGUCACUUUAUUUUGCGGGAAGGAAAAACUUUUAUAUUUUUCAUAUUAUAUCCACUAAAAUUUUAUAUUUCUUCCUUUGAUGGCCACUGCUAUAAAUACUGGAUGAUCGCCCGAUAAAAUUGUUUUGCCCAACUACAGCCUGUGUGUCUAAAUAAUUCAUAAUACUUGAAUGUAGGAAAGACUUGCAAUAGAUAUAGCUUUUAAAUAAUGCAUCUUUAAGCUAUUUUUAGUACAAAACGAAUGUUACUGUCCAUAUUUCUGAAAUAAUGCAUAUUUAAAAUAUUUUUACGUAAUGUCAUCAUCUUAAUUAUGUAGCAAUGUAUUGAUUAUCUAAAGUUUAUAUAACAGCUUUGUAGUAUGUAUUCAUAUAUAAAACAAAAUUAAAAUACGCGUGUGGAUUGUUAAAAUAUAAUUUGGUGGGUUUACAUCACAUGACUGGCAGUAGCGGGACUAAUUGGCGCCCGAUAAGGACAGUGAGUGACACACACUGAUCAGCAGUGAAUUUUUCGCUAGGCCGCUACAAUCACUGAUAAGGAUGACAUCGAUGCGACUCAAUGACUCAGAAUUAUUAACUUUUUUCCUGCGACAAAUUAAAUUCUAAAACCUUUUUUUUUAUGUAUUGGAAAAAUAAAUAAAAGCGUUUGACGUAUUUGUAGGUAAAAAUUAUUUCCUAUUUAGUGUAAAUGGAUAUUAAAAUGACUAAAAGGCAGCAUUCCGCCCGAAGCAGUAAUGUCUUGGGUAAACAAUGCACGCGCCAUUCAGCCAAUGAUUGACGCCGCGUGCUGUGACGGCACGUGUUAAGGCAGUCAUCUUUGACAGAGAUAUUAAUCUAGACCCGUAAUUCUCUGUGAAACAGAUUGUGAGUGACAGUGUAUAGACAGUUGGAAUCCGUAGCGCGUCUGACCAAGCAAAAAUUCCCUCAUAGCACUUUGAAUGGUUAUGUUAUAUAAGAAUGUAAAUAUUAAAAAGAUUAAAAGGGUAACCUUUUUACCGCUACAAUAUAUUUGUCAAUAUCCUAAUCGAUUUAAAUUUGGCCAAGUAUGUGCUGAUUCCGAUCUUAACGCUCUUUCAUCUUUAUCGACAUAUCUCCAAAAAAACACCUUUCAGACGUCUGUAGUUAAAGAUACAUUAUGGGAGAUUAGAUAAAAAGCUGGCAGUUCUCACUAUAAGUAUAAUAGAUAAAUACUAGAUAAUGUAAAGGGAAUUUGCUGAAAAUUUCCGUCAAAGCACUUUGAACAGAGAAUUUAGCGAUUGAAUUUUAGGCCUAGCCUCGAUCAUCAUUACUAAAGUCGGAACGAUAAAAAGUCUCGAUUAUCCAUUUUUUGAUUUAAUCAUCAAUGAGCGUUGAGCAGCAGAUCGGAUUGUAAUCCAUUAAAUAUCCUAGGCAAGCAAUGACAUUGAGAGGUUGCUUAUAGUCUGGAUAAGUUAAUUAAUGUCUAAUAAUUUACAUGACAUUUCAGCCCUAAAGAAAGACCUGCAAUAGACAGAUUUGGCUCUUGCAUAAUGUAUGUUUAAUUAUGUUACAAACAUUAUAUGAUUAUCAUUGUUUUAUAAAAUAGCAUGAUUAUAGAAGUUGGGACAAUGUAAAAAGUACUUUUAUCAAAUAAAUAAAAUAUUUACAUAAGCUACAUUCAAUUUUUAAUGUUUACAAUUAUGUAAAUAGUUUCGACUUAUAUGUAUAUUGAAAUAUAUGUAUUUUGUUUUUAUGGAUCAUAUGAUCUUAUUUCUGAAUAAAGCAUUAUUAUUAUUA